AUGACGAUCGAAGACUCCAAUGGAAAAGCUACCUACACAAGUGAAGGAGUAAGCCCACCGAUUGUAACUGAAGAGCAAAGUGACAAAGGUGCUGGCAUACAAUGGGUGGCUUUCUCUCCCAAUGGCACUGUAGUCGGAGACGUAGUUUACUGUGGAUUUGCCACAGAGAGGGAGUUUCAAACUCUUCAAGGUCUUGGCAUAAGCGUAAAAAAUAACAUAGCUCUCAUCCGAUAUGGUAGCAUGUUCCGCGGCGACCAGGUAGCCACCGCUCAAAAGUACGGCGCCAUUGGUGCUAUUCUUUAUUCGGACCCUGCUGAAGUAGCUCCAAAUGGGACUGCUGACGGUAAGUGAAA